CGCGCGCGGCGUUCCUCGCAGCCAGAUAACGAGCAGCAGGUCCAGCGAGAAGCAGCGCGUGGGCCACGGGAGCCGAGGGGAGCGCAUCGAGCGCCAUGGAUCACAUCGGGAUCCUGGGGGCGCAUCUGCAGCAGCACGCGCACGUGGAGCCCAUCAGCUUCGGCAUCGACCAGAUCCUGAGCAACGUGGAGCAGAGCUGCAUGCUGGGCUCGAGGAUGCCGGAGCCGGACUACGGUCACCCGGCGUACGGCGGCGGCGCCGGGGGAAUGGGAGGCUUCGCGUGCGGUGGCGGCGGCGGCGGCGGCGGAUACAACAGCACCGCCGGGGGCUCGUGUGGGAUGGCGUCUCUCGGGGGAGCUUAUCACAUGAACAUGAGCGUGAACAUGAACGGGACUAACAUGAACUCCUCCGGGGUCAUCCGCGUCCCCGCGCACCGGCCUCCUCUCAGCGGCGGCGGCUCCGCGAUGCCGCCUCCCGCUGGCGGCAACCUGAGCGCGCUCACCUUCCCGUGGAUGGAGAGCAACCGGCGCUACACCAAAGACAGGUUCACAGGUCACCCGUACCAGAAUCGCACUCCGCCGAAGAAGAAGAAGCCGCGGACGUCGUUCAGCCGGCUGCAGAUCUGCGAGCUCGAGAAGCGCUUCCACCGGCAGAAAUACCUGGCGUCCGCCGAGCGCGCGGCGCUGGCCAAGGCCCUGAAGAUGACCGACGCCCAGGUCAAGACCUGGUUCCAGAACAGACGCACCAAGUGGAGACGGCAGACGGCGGAGGAGCGGGAAGCGGAGCGGCAGCAGGCCAACCGGAUCCUCAUGCAGCUGCAACAGGAGGCCUUCCAGAAGACCAUCAACCAGCCGGUAGCCCCCGACCCACUGUGCCUGCAGAACAGCUCCCUGUAUGCCCUGCAGAACCUCCAGCCGUGGAGUGAGAACACGGCAAAGAUCAGCAGCGUGUCAGCCUGCGAGUAGACCGCCAGCUCUUCGUCUCUCCUUCGGGAUCCAGUGACUGCUGCGGUGUGGAGGAGCGGCCCGACGCCUGCUGAAGACAUCCUGACGUUGGACUCUAGUUUAUGGCCUUUGCUCUUUCUGUCUCACGGACACCGGUGCUGUUUGUUGAUGGGCUCUCUCUGCACUUCUCCCAUCAAAUGGGGCCCACACGACGACAUGUCGUGUUAUUAUUAUUGCUAUUAAUAUUCUUUACAUGAGGGACUUUUAAAAAAGAUAUUUUUAUAAAAGUUUAUACGACUGACUGAAUAGGGCUUUGUCUUAGAGCGACAUGCAUAUUUAUCGGCCUUCUUUAAUCUCCUUUUUAAUUGACUGCAGAAUAACAAAGCACUUCUUUCAGCAAUCUUUUAGAAAAAAGGGGAAGUAAUGAGAUCAAUGGAGAUUCUCAAUUUUGUUUACCGCGCCUUUAAUUUACCUUCGAAUCAACACCUGCAGCCUGGAAAGGAUGCUGUGUUGACUUUAAACGUGUUCCAUCAAACGUGUCUUUGCUUACGGUUGUGCUGUGUGACCCAGUUGGUGGCUGAUGACUCUCAGCAAUAAAAACUAACAAGAAUAACUUUCUCAGCACGUAUAGACAGGCAUUGCAGCUGUCACUAGCCUUUACGCCUGCAGCAGCCAUGUUGGAUUUAUGGGUCGUGUCCCAUGAAUCCAUAAAUUCUUCUUUUUUCUCUCAUUUUUCCUUUUUCUUUCUUUUUUUUU